GAGAGACUGCAUCCGCUCCCGGUAGCCGCGGCCGCUGCGCAUCGCUCUGACGGAUUCUAAUUUCAUACAUACCACAGGAUUCUUGUUUCACAGGGAAAGGGAACUUUUGAAAUAGGGUUUUCACCAGCUGAAUGUAAUAAUUUCCACUUUUUUCUGACACCGGUGGAUCGUAAUUUGCUUGGUUUUGUGGGAUAUCUUUUGAUAAAAAAAAGAAAAAAAGAUGCCUGCUGAUAUGAUGGAAAAGACUUCUUCCUCUCCGGUCGCUGCGACUCCAGCGAGCAUGAACACCACUCCCGAUAAACCCAAGACAGCAUCCGAACACAGAAAGUCAUCAAAGCCAAUCAUGGAAAAGAGGAGAAGAGCUAGAAUCAACGAGAGCUUGGGUCAACUGAAAACUCUCAUCCUGGAUGCUCUCAAAAAAGAUAGCUCCAGACACUCUAAACUGGAGAAGGCGGACAUCCUGGAGAUGACGGUGAAGCAUCUCCGGAACCUCCAGAGGGUUCAGAUGACCGCUGCCCUGAACACCGACCCCACCGUCUUGGGGAAAUAUCGCGCUGGAUUCAGUGAAUGCAUGAAUGAAGUCACCCGGUUCCUGUCCACCUGCGAGGGCGUCAACACCGAGGUCAGGACGCGGCUCCUGGGUCACCUGGCCAACUGCAUGACCCAGAUCAACGCCAUGAACUACCCCAGCCAGCAUCAGCACCAGCACCAGCACCAGCUCCCUCCGGCCGGCGGGCCCACGCACCCGUCCUUCGGCCAGUCCAUGGUGCAGAUCCCCAGCUCGCCCCCGCAGGUCCUCCCCAUCAACCCCGCAACGUCCUGCAAAGGGGGCUCCUCGCCGUCCUCGCUACCUUCAGACGGCACCAAAGUGUACGGCGGGUUUCAGAUCGUGCCUGCCACAGACGGACAGUUUGCUUUCCUCAUACCCAAUGCGGCGUUUGCGCCGAACGGCCCCGUGAUUCCCGUUUACGCCAACAGCGUCAGCACGCCGGUGCCGGUGCCGGCCGCGGUUUCCCCCGGAGCGCCUUCAGCCAACUCGGAUUCCGUGUGGCGGCCGUGGUGAAAAGAGGGGAAAGGAAAGGAACACUAUAAAGACUAUAAAAUGACCCUCAUUAGUUCGCUCUUUGGUCCUGAUAGAAAGUUGCUUUCAAUCUGUUUUUUUUCUUGUAAAACGAAAGAGUAUGCACUAUAUUUGUACAGCUGACAAGGGAGUAAAGUUCAUAUUGAAAUGGGAUUUGUUUUGUGGAAGUCCGUUCACUGCAUUCUUUUUAUUUUUUUUACAUAUAUAUAUAUAUCUAUAUAUAUUUGAGUUGUCUUUUUUUACUGUGUGACGCCAAAGAUAUGUUUAUUGCGCUUAUGCUGUUCUUCGUUUUGGAAGACAAAUAAAUUUGUA